AUGUAUCGGUCCAAGAAAUCAGGUGGACUGGCUGCAUCCUCCGCGACAGCGCCGGAACACUCCGUUGGUGCGGUCCAGGAAGAGAUGAUGCCGAACAACUCCCCCGAUUUUACGAUUGCGACAGGUGUGAUGGCCUUCAAGGCGCGACUGAUGGCACCUUUCAUGCUGUACGAUCGCUCGAUUCGGCAGGUGGUGCCAAACCCCGCACACGACCGUGUUUAUCGUUCUGAGGUGACUCGUGUGCAGGGCGUUGUGCUUCGCGAACUUCGGCACGCGCUGGAGCGAGAAACUAGCACCACCCCUAAAGAAAUGCUCUACGGAAUUCAAAAAAGUAUCAUGCUUGCCUAUGCUUCUUGUGCCGUGUCUAGCGAUGUGGAGGCACUUGUGCCAGUGGCCUCGGAUGAGGAGGCGAUGGACGUUAUGCCACGACUAGAGAGCUUUUUUGGAGAAAGAAUUGCCUCUUCUAAGGCUGUGGCGUCGCUUGCGGCUGUCCUCUCGACCGGUAUUGUGCGUGAUAGCUACAAGGAGGCGUGCAAUCGUCUGGAGGCAAGGCUUGCAAUGGAGGAGCAGCCCCAAGCGAAGAAAAAACGCACAAAGGAAGGACAUUUCGCCCUGGAGGCGACAAAGAAGAACACACAAGAUCUUUUUCAACUAAGAGCUUCGUUGUUGACGGCGUUUGAAACCAUCAGCACACCUUUUAAUGAAAAUGGCACCACACCAUUGCCAAACAGCGCCACGGCGGAUGCGACGACGGCGGUCCUUACGGUAGAGUCGUAUUACAGUCUUCUACGUUGGGUGCUUAUGAUGCAGCCGGAACGCCUUGAGCUAAAGGUGGCCCACUCUACAAUGGCACUUUACCAGGAGCCUCAAGCCGCAAAGAAGCUUUUUGCCAAAGUGACUUGCUAUGAUCCUACCACCGGUAAGGUUGUGAUUGAGCGCACGACGGCUGAUUCCAAGUGGGGUAUGAUGAUAAAUGCAUCCGGCGCUCUGGUUGGUUUGGAAAAUGCACUUCGAAACGCGACACCUGCAGGGGGUGCGUUGUACCACGCUCUUCAGCAAAGAAAGGGUGGCCUGUCUAUUUUCGACAUCAACAACGUUCACAUUGGCGGUGUUGAGGGAGAGGAAUUGGGAGAGGGAGAACACGAAGAGAUGGCUGACGCCCAAACCAAAGCCACUCGCGUAGAGAAGAUAAAAAAGGUACUUCAGGGGUCGGAUUGUGUUAUUUCAUUACAUGUGGAAAAAGUGACGACAAUGGGUGAACCACAGGAAGUUGCAUUUGACGCCAUACAACAGGGAGGGGAAGAAGCCUCGGGGCAACAGGCGGUUCUCAUUCUAAAACGACCAUCCAUUGAAGUGCAGUGGAAGCUUAAGAUGCGUGUGCAUACCGAGGGUGUUAUAGUUUUGGAGGACUGUUCCGAUUCUCUGCCGGUUUCUGAGGCAGCCAGAAAUUUCCUUUUCUCCCACCGUGGGCAUUUGCUCCUUGUGCAGGUUAAUGGGUGCGAAGCAACACAUGGUGCCCUUCUCAUGGACCUGAUUCGCAGUUCCUUGUACUUGGUGCUGCGGCUCCAGGUUGUGGACAACGUCGAGCAGCUCGUGGCGGAUGCAAUUUCCAAAAAACAGGGCGAGGCGAUGGAGACUGUACAAAGUGCGACAGUUUUUCAUGAAGAGCGGGAGACGAAUGAGGAUGAGGAGGCUGAAGUGGCCCAACACCGAGCACUGUUGGAGCAGCACAACAUUCAUCCUGACGAGCCCCUACCGGAGGUAAAUGAAUUCGAAGACGCAUCAUUGCCCAAGAAGAGGGGACGCCCAAAGAGGCUGAACGAGGCAGAGGAUGCGGUGGCCGAGAUGACAUUAAUGGAGGCGCAGGAGGAGAUGUCAGCAGCCGUCACGGAGGCAGAAGAGGCGCCACUGGCCAAGAAGAAGGGACGCCCAAAGAAGCUGAACGAGGCAGAGGAUGCGGUGGCCGAGAUGACAUUAAUGGAGGCGCAGGAGGAGAUGUCAGCAGCCGUCACGGAGGCGGAAGAGGCACCACUGGCUAAGAAGAAGGGACGCCCAAAGAGGCUGAACGAGGCAGAGGAUGCGGUGGCCGAGAUGACAUUAAUGGAGGCGCAGGAGGAGAUGUCAGCAGCCGUCACGGAGGCAGAAGAGGCGCCACUGGCCAAGAGGAAGGGACGCCCAAAGAGGCUGAACGAGGCAGAGGAUGCGGUGGCCGAGAUGACAUUAAUGGAGGCGCAGGAGGAGAUGUCAGCAGCCGUCACGGAGGCAGAAGAGGCGCCACUGGCCAAGAGGAAGGGACGCCCAAAGAGGCUGAACGAGGCAGAGGAUGCGGUGGCCGAGAUGACAUUAAUGGAGGCGCAGGAGGAGAUGUCAGCAGCCGUCACGGAGGCGGAAGAGGCACCACUGGCCAAGAAGAAGGGACGCCCAAAGCAGCUGAACGAGGCAGAGGAUGCGGUGGCCGAGAUGACAUUAAUGGAGGCGCAGGAGGAGAUGUCAGCAGCCGUCACGGAGGCGGAAGAGGCGCCACUGGCCAAGAAGAAGGAAAAAAGUCAGGGCGAGGGGAAGCUUGGCGGGAGUGUGUCGCGUAAAAGGAAAAAGCUAUCGAAAAGGAUCCUGAAAGAAAUGAAGAAGAGAGCGAGGGAGGAAAAAAAGAAGAAACUUCGAGAGAUGAAAAACCGGAGGCUACUUAAGGCAAAAGAGGCGAGGAAGGCGGAAACUGUCAAUAAAUCUUCUCCCCUUGAGGAGGUCGCAAAGGAACAAGGGGUGCUGGAUACGCCGGUUGUGAAUAUUAAGUCUCACUCAGAGUUAGCGGCUGAGGAGGGGAAGAAAAAAAAAUCCACGAAACCGGUAUCAUCGCCACCAACAAAACCGUCACCACCAACGAAACCGGUAUCAUCGCCACCAACAAAACCGUCACCACCAACGAAACCGGUAUCAUCGCCACCAACGAAACCGUCACCACCAACGAAACCGGUAUCAUCGCCACCAACGAAACCGUCACCACCAACGAAACCGGUAUCAUCGCCACCAACGAAACCGUCACCACCAUCCGCGGCAGUCGAGGAAGUCCGCACAGUCACCAGCUAUGCCCCAACGGUGUCCGCAGUUGAGCUUAAGAACGCUCCUCCUCUUACAUUUGAAAAUGCGGUGACAUUGGACCGGUUUGACGGCUCUUACAUGGAACUUCGUCGUCCAGAUUUGAAGACACCGUGGAACAUGAAGGUUUCUUUUGGCGGGGAUAAGCUGGUGUUAACAAGUCUUCCACCAAUUUCAGCCGCUCUGAAAACACAUCCGUUUUUGAAGUCGUUGCGACCCGACACGAAUGGUCAAAUUAAUUGGCUCGUGGACAAUGUCAACGGGACGGAUCUCACGACAGCGAACAAGUCUUUGCGGGCAAAGGCACUGGAUCUCAUGAAAAAGACGAAUAAAAUCUCACUUCUUCUUCGACCACUUUCAAAGUAA